AAAGUUCAUCGUUCAGUGCGCGAUCUACUGCGGCCGCAGACGCAGUCUCGUGUCAUCGGUCUAAAUCUCACUCUCAAGCAGCGCGAAACCAAUACGAACAAAGGUGGUUGUUAGUUUAAAUUAGAUAUUAAAAGGGCGACAUGGCUGGAUAUAGCGCGAGAUUAUGGCUGUUGGCGGCAGUGAUACUAGUAUGCGCACCACACACACUGUGUCGGAAUGUUACACACGAAGACAUCCGAGAGGCCAUGAUGUCACUAGUUCACAUGUUCCGGUCAUCAGAAGACAAAUUGGAACGGCACGAGUACAGGGAGAAGGCGCUGGGUGACCAGCUGAAGAGGACACUUGCUGGUAUUGAUAAGAAGCAUAGAGCACUGGAGCCGCUGAAAGGCAUGAUCUCAAGACUCGACGAGCGAUUGUCUAACGUCGAAACCAUAUUAUUACAGAAAGAAGAAAGAGAAAAGGCAACACAAAAGAAAACAAACGACGUAUUGGAUGCGAUUCAGAAAGCUCUGCUAUCGCUCACUAGUACAGUGAACAAAAACACAAAAAUACCUGACGAGGACAACUUGACCACUACAGAGGACACUUUGGAGAGGCGACUUGACGCUACCGACGCCAAGAUUGAUAGCCUCAAGGGGGAAAUAGAAAAACUGAAGAAUACAUUGAGUAAGGAGGCUCUACAUGCCAUGUGUCUAGAUGUGGCGUCUGAUGUAAAUCCACUAGAGAAGCAUAUAUCCGAGGCGGAAAAGCUACUCACCAAAUACGAACUGAAAUUGAAUGAGUACAAUGUAACAAAAGUACAAACCGAUUUCGUGCCUUUGAAUGACGUUUCUAUGGCUGAUGAAGCUUGGCACAGCAAGAUGACAGAAGUGAUGGAACGCCAAGAAAUGGACAUAAAGAAGAUUCAAAAAUUACUUUCGGACGCUGAAAGCAUGUGGAAAGAUCUCCCACGAAUUUCACAUCUUCAGAUAUCAACAAAACAUACCUUAGAAGCAAUAGAACGGGCUAAGGACGAUAUGAUAGAGAAUGAUGAAAAAUCUAUAAGCAAAAUAACAUCGAAACUUCGGGAGAUGACAGAGCGCUUAGCCGCAACUAAUGAAGACAUCCAAAAAAGUCUUACUCAAGGAAAUACAAUGACUGAACGCGCCUACACCGACAUAUCGAAUAGUUACAACACCCUACGAACUGAGGUGCAAACGUUGUCUAAAAGUGAGCAUAUUAUUCUGCAAACAGCUGAUAAUGUAAUCGCCACUAGAAAACGAGUGGAAUACGGGGUCCAUCAGAUACUAGCGGAAGUUGGCGAUCUAGUCACAGCCCACGCCAAACACUUGAAUAAGACGCUACAUGAAAGAUUUGAAAACAUAGAAGCUAUGACAUUAGACAACCAGCUGGUCACUCGGUCCAACCUGAGCGACAAGAUAGAAUCAGAGAUGGCGCCGGUGUGGCGACAAAUUGGGAUCAUGUACAAACAACUUACAGCCAACAAGGAAUCUCUUGACAAACUUACAGAACAAACGGAACUUUAUGUCAAUGGCAGUGCAAACGCUAUGGAAAACAUCGAUAGCAAAGUGGGAACAAUAAAGUCUCGUAUGUCUGAAGUAGAUGAGAAUUUGAAUUAUUUGUUGGGAAGAUUAUCGCUCGUGACUCAAGAGUUCAAUCAAAUUAAGACUGGACUUGGGGAAGCUUUAGAAAAAGCGAAGACCGGCCUAAGUACGGUGCAAGCUAAACUUGAAGAUGCAGGACCGGGUCCUCAUAAUAUUACAAGCGCUGAAACAAGCCCGUAAAACAAAUACCUUGUGUGAAAUAAGCACCAAAACUAACAUAAUUAUUUAAUAAUUUAGAAAUAAAAUUUUAAUUAUAUGACGACUGAAGAAUAGGAUGUAUUUCACAGUAAAUAAAACUCACGCAACAUUAACUUUUGCAAAUAUUUAAUCUCUUUCAUAAUUGUGGAUCUAUAUAUUUAUAUUGUACAAGUUAUAUGAUACAAUUAAAUUUCAUUGUGACAGACAUCCCAAUGUCACAAGUGAGCGCAUAAAACCAACAAUAUACAACUGACGAGAUAUCUCUAAGAAAAUGUGAAUUAAUAUAAGAAACUGUACAAUCAUAUAUUAUCAAUAAUAAUAUAACCAUUGAUCUUAAACAAUAACACACAAAUUAUUUGUCUUUA